AUGGACUCUCCCGAUCACGAGCAUGCCUAUUCGGGCGACCUGGGAGAGCCGCAGCGGCCGCGACAGCUGCCUUCGGAUCUGCCCACUUCCCUCAAUGACAGGCGCCCGGUGACCAUCAUGAACGAGGAAACCGAGAUCUAUGAUGCAUGGCAGGGCCAGUCGCAAUUCCUCACCACGCCCAUGCCCGCCCGUCCGCUCGACUUCAACUUGUCGCUCGACGACCCGACGUUUGGUGACGAAGACAUGCAGCAACUCGAGGACAGCGACAGCCGCCUGGUGCAGAUGUUGGCGCACCAGGCCCGCUUGAAGAACGAGAAUGCAGGCGACGAAGCAAAGGUCGUUGCCGAUGAGAAGCUGUCACACGAGGAGAAGAGAGAAGCACUACAAGGCCUGUUUACACUAGCAGCAUCCAACGGUGAGCUCGAACGGGUAAAACGGCUGCUGGACGGCAAGGCCCGCGAAUACAUCAACAUCAACGGCGUCGACGCCGAGGGCACGCCGCCAUUGGUCUACGCAAGUUGCUUUGGACACGAACAUGUGGCAGCUACACUGCUCGAGCAGGGCGCGAGUGUCGAUUUGCAAGACAAGAACCGUUGGACGCCGCUCAUGUGGGCCAUGACGAACCGACACAAGGAUAUCGUUAAGCUCCUGCUCGACCACGGCGCAUCGACAGACGUCAAGUCUUCUGGAGGACGGACCGCAUUCGACUUUGUCGAGCCCAACACUGAGCUCUCCGAUUAUCUGCACGAGAGCGGGUACGCCAUCGGUAAUGUAGGCGUCGGUGACGACUUCUACAGCUCGGGCUUCUCCCAGGAUCGCUUUGAGCAGGAGAUGCAGGAGAACGAUAUGAAGCGGCGGAUGAUGAUGGAAAGCGCCUUCAAUCUCGAGGUUGAUAUCGGUAAUCUGGGUCUGGACGAACAGCCCGAGUCACCUGAAGAACCAGAAGAAGAAGCCCAAGAGUUCAUCUGGGAUAGAUGUCUCAACGACCAGAUGUUUGUAUUCCAAGAAAACGAGCUCGAACGGAUACUGGACAUCAUCAUUACGAAUAUGACGCCGCAACGCUCUCCUUCGCAAAAACCAGUACCUGCAAACAUACUCUUCCUGAGUGCACGCUAUGCACAUUACCAUGCAAAUCCAGAACUCUUGGAGACUUUGCUGGUGUCCGCCAUGAACAAGAUCAACGAUGUUGUAGAGAAGCAUCAAUGGGACAUGACUGUGCUGGCCUUCUGGAUGUCUAAUGCGACACUUCUGUUGCAUUACCUCAAGAAAGAUGGUGGACUCAUGAGUGCGACUACAGAGUUCCAAUUGCAGAUGGCAGAACUUAUCAAUGAGAUUUUCAUCUUGAUUAUCCGUGAUGCUGAGCGCAGGAUGGAUAAGAACUUAGAUCAAGCUAUGCUCGACCAUGAGCCGAUGCCUGGAUUCGAAGAUGUACAGUUCCAGCACGAAUGGAAAAUAUUUCGUUCCAAGCCUAAAGCGAAGCCGGUAGAACCUCUCGAGAAACGUUUCCGACCGCCAUCUCCCAAGCGCAGAGCACAGCCAUCACCCCGGAACAUUACCUCUUUGCUCUCAUCAACCCUAUUUGUUCUCGAUCUGUACGACGUACACUCUGUGAUCGCUGCGCAGGUACUGUCGCAGCUGAUCUACUGGCUCUCUGCCGAAGUCUUCAACCGCAUAAUGUCGAAUCGAAAGUACCUCGCGCGAACAAAAGCAAUGCAGAUACGCAUGAAUGUCUCGACGCUCGAAGAUUGGGCGCGUUCCAACAAUCGGCAACCAGAACACUACGAGAACGGCUCCAUGACCUCCACCGGGGAGAAUACCGCGGACGCCGCUAAACGUCAUCUCGAGCCUCUUGUGCAGCUUCUCCAAUGGUUACAAUGCUUUUCCUCACUUGGAGAAGACCUAGAGUCGCUUGUGGGGACAUUACAACAAUUGACACGCCUGUCACCUCAACAGCUACUACACACCGCAAAAUACUACCGACCCGAGGUGGGUGAAAAGACCCUUCCUAAAAGCGCUUCCAAGUACAUUGUACAUUUGCAGAAAGCAGCUGCAGAUCGUAAGGCUGCGCGCGCAAGAUCGCCCAAUCCACCGUCACAGUCCGAAACUCCAUCCACACCAGUCAGAGGCACCUCUGAAAAGCCUCCCGAGCCAUCGCCUGCGCCUUCACGAAUGUCAGAAGAGGAUGAAAAAGACGAAGCACCCGAUGAGCUUCUCUUGGACCCUUCGUACAUGCUGCCAUUUUCGCUCCCAACAUCAACAGAUAUGCUCAUCACCUACGGUGCCGGGUUUGGAGGUGUCAACAAAGAGCGUGAGCGGAAAUACAUUCCUACCGUCCCACCUGAGUUUAUGGCUAAGCUGGAUUUGAAUGGGGGCAACAACAAAAAUGGUGGAUCUUACUACUCGGAGUCGAAUUGGAACGAUCCAAGCUAUGGGUGA